AUGGGGCUGGCUGGACGUCUGGGUUACUGUCGCCUGCAGGCUCCAAUGCCAGGACCCAGUCUCUUGCCACUAGCCAGUCUGGCCCUGCUCUCUACGGCCUUGCUGCUCACGGCCACCUGGACCGACUGCUGGGUGGUUAACUCAGAUGACAGUCUGGAGGUAAGCCACAAAUGCCAAGGGCUGUGGCGGGCGUGUGUCACCAAUCUACUGGAUGGCAUUCGGACUUGCGACCAGUAUGAUUCCAUCCUGGCCACACAUCCACGACGACGGGUGCUGACCAGGGCCCUGUUGCUCGUGGCUGGGAUGCUGUGUAGCUGUGGGUUGGUGGCCCUGCUCCUCACUCUGACCCAAGUGCAGCUCCUAGGGACUGAUCCCAGGAUAAGGGUUCGACUGGCCUGGGCAUCAGGAUGCCUCUUAGGUGCCGGAGGGUUCCCUGGAGCACUGGGGUCACUCUGGUUUGCUGUGGAGGUGGCUAUGGAGCGAACCCUACCUACUCAUCCCCGAGGACCUCUUACUGGCUAUUACGAGUGGGGCUGGUCUUGCUGGUUAGGUAUUGUGGGAUCUGCUGGCUGCAUGGCCACUGCUUUGGGUCUGGCCUGCUGUCUUCCAGGCCUCUGGCUCCCAGGUAGGAGAGGCCAUGGACACCAAUUCAGAAGCCGGCUGCACCCACAGGCCGUAUAUAUCCUGGACUCCAGUGUAUAA